AUCUUGAAAAUCUUUGUGCGCGUGAGAGCCAAAACAAACCUUUAGAAGCACAUUGUUCCAUUUAAAAUGGCUACGGAAAACGACAAACAACAAAAACACAAGCCAGGUCCGUUAAAGCAGCAAAACAAAUCUCACAAACAUGGAAGUCAUAAAACUAAAGGCCAGCUUGAUAAAUCUAAUAAAGGAAAAGUAGAGUUGAAAUUAAUCCCAAAAAAGAAUAAAGAACUUGACAGAAAACAGAGACGACACCAAAUAAAUCAGAUCAGAAAAAACAAAAGAGAAAAUAUUAUUGAAAAAAAACGAAAAAUUAAUAGUGAAUCAUACGCUCCUCAUGUUAUAGCAGUACUUUCUUUAUCUCCUGUAUGUUCCUGUGAAGCUGUGAUUGCAAAAAUAGUUGACUUUGAUGACUCCAAAUUAACAUUUUUUAACAAUAAUAGAACAACUAUUGUAUCUCCUCGACAUCGUUAUCGCAUUACCAUUAUAAACUUGGAUAAUUCUGGGAUAAAUUCCAUAUUAGAUGCUGCUAAGGUUGCUGAUUCAUUUCUUUUUGUGGUACCUGCAAGUGGAUUAAUUGAUGAAAGCAGUAAAAAUCUCAUGACAUGUUUAAUAACACAAGGUUUGCCCGCACAUUUGGUUGCUGUUCAGGGUUUAAAGGAAAUGGUUAUCAAAAAGCAAGUUGAUGCUAAAAAGAGAUUAAUGAAAGGAUUAGGAAUAUGGUUUCCAGAAAUUAAGCUACACUCAAUUGACAAUAGCCAAGAUGCAGAAGUUGUUAUACGAUUGUUGAUCAAUAAAAAGUCCAAGUCAAUACAUUAUCGAGAGCAUAGACCAUAUCUUAUGGCAGAACAUUUGGAAUUUGUUGAGGAAGAUAUCAAAGAAAAUCAUGGCACUUUAAAAGUUUCAGGUUUCUUAAGAGGAAAACCUCUAUCUGUCAAUGGAUUAAUUCAUCUUCCUGAUCUUGGUGAUUUUCAAUUAAAUCAAAUUGAUGCUCCUACUGAUCCGUAUGCUAGUAAAAAAUCCAGAACACAGUCGAUGGAACAUGAUGUUGUAAUGGAAGAGGAAAUAAAAGUAUUAGCAGUUGCUGAUCCUUUAAAACAAACACCUUUAAAAGUGGAAGCUGAUAUUGAUCAUAUGGAGGGAGAGCAAACUUGGCCAACAGAAGAAGAAAUCAAAGAUGCUCAGGAAGCUUCUCGAAUGCUAAAUGAUGAUGAAUUUGAUACUAAUGCUAAAAAGAAAUCUUCCAAAGGAACAUCUGAUUAUCAAGCUGCAUGGAUUCUUGAUGAAGAUGAUUCUGAUGAUGAGGAAAACAGCAAUAGUAGUGAUAAUGAUGAUGAUGAAUUUAGAAUGGUUGAAGAUGACAAUGAAGAUCCAAGCAAACCAGAUACUGACUUUGACAAUAUAAGCAUGGCUGCCACAACUGUUGCAGAUGAUGAUAAAUAUGAUGACCAUUUUGAUAUUGAUGAAGAUAAGAAAGCUUUAGAGAAAUACAGAUUGGAACACGAAAAUGAAUUAUUUCCAGAUGAAAUUGACACUCCCAUGGAUAUUCCAGCAAAAGAUCGAUUUUUAAGGUACCGUGGUUUAAAAAGUUUUCGUACAUCACCAUGGGACCCUAAAGAAAAUUUGCCUUUAGAUUACGCAAGAAUAUUUCAAUUUCAAAAUUUCAACCAUAGUAAAAGAAAGGUCUUGAAAGAAAAAGUUAAAGAAGAUAGUUCUUUAAUUGAUGCUGGUUUGUAUGUAACUCUUCACAUUAAAAAUGUACCAAAGAUUUACUUAGAAUCUCUCGAUAAAGGCAGUCCUUUGGUAGUGUAUGGUUUACUUCCUCAUGAACACAAGAUGACUGUUAUGCAUUAUGUUAUAAGGAGAGUCCAAGGGUUUGAUGCACCAAUAAAAGCAAAGGAACAACUUAUUUUUCAUGUUGGAUAUCGGCGUUUCUCUGCUUCUCCAAUAUUUUCACAACACACAAAUGGAAACAAAUUUAAAAUGGAGAGGUUUCUUCCACAAAAUGGCGUUGUAGUUUCAACUGUUUAUGCACCAAUAAUGUAUCCUCCAGCCCCAGUACUUGUCUUUAAUGAAAACUCUCAAUUAGUUGCAACUGGAAGUGUUUUAAGUUCAAAUCCAGAUCGAAUAAUUGUUAAAAAAAUAGUCCUUAGUGGACAUCCUUUUAAAAUACAUAAAAAAUCUAGUGUUAUUCGAUACAUGUUUUUCAACAGAGAUGAUAUUUUGUGGUUUAAACCAGUAGAGCUGUUUACAAAAUAUGGAAGGAGAGGACACAUUAAGGAACCACUUGGCACACAUGGUCAUAUGAAAUGCGUUUUCGAUGGUCAGCUGAAAGCUCAAGAUACCGUCUGUAUGAAUUUAUUUAAGAGAGUUUUUCCAAAAUGGAAUUAUAACCCAUGUUUGAUCGCUUCAAGAACUAAUAACAAUCACGAAGAGCAAAUGUUACAAGAAUAAUUUUUUAAAUAAUAAAAGAUUAUGGUAGCAUUUAA